UCAGAAGCAUUUAUUCAAGUAGAAAUAUCACCUUUUACAUUACCAAACAUAUUUGACAAUCAAAGCAUGAUCCCCAUUUUGUGUUAUUAAUGCGUAAAACUGGUAUCUAAACAUGGUGUUGCUCCUCUUCUUCGUGCAAGUGCUCCUAUAACAGGAAUACAAAUUCUGUAUUCCUACAAAAUACAAAAUCUGCAACCUCUCUUGAAGCUACUUAAACUGACAUCAGAGAUGCAGCUUGACGCACUGCUUAAGAGCCGCCAUGAGCAUCCGUCCACCAUGAUGGCUGUCUUAGAGGACUGGGAUGAGAACACCGGCUGCCACAGAGACCACAUGAAGAUGUACACGUUAAUUGUGCUCUCCAAGUUUGGAUUGGAUGUCUUGGCACUGUGGUUGUACAGCCACAAACGACUACGCACAUCCUUGCUGGGCAUGUUCAGCCUGACCGUUGUCCUGGCUGACCUGGUGAUGGUCUCUUGUACCGUCCCCCUGUGGCUACUUGGACCUGACAAAAUCUCCGCUUGCUACCUCUUGGCUUUUGCAUCGGUCACAUACGGAACACUGCCGCUGCCUAUGGCGGGCCUGUGUCUGUUAGAAUAUUUCUUCAAAGAUACUUGGAGAACCUCCUACAAGGUUUUCAAGAACAUGACGGUGACGCUUCUCUUGUGGAUUUUUGCAGUUGUAUACUCUUACAGUGCUGUGAAUGUGGAGCUCAUGGAGCUGAGGCUCAUGUCGGGUAAAAAAGUUCUGGUGUGCGAGGUUCAGGACACAACAUUGGUCGCCUACUGUCUUUUCGGUCUCCUUGGGAUUGUGAGUUGUUCGAUGCUUCCUUUCUGCCAUCGGAUUCCCCAGUGGAUUCGUGAAGCUGAUAGGUUGUGCGAUGCGAGGGAGGCUCAAGAGAACCAGUUGAGCGACCUGUUCAUAUCAACCCACGGCUUACAGACGACAGUUUCAGAUGAGUUUCAUCUAAAAGAGACCACCACACCAAAACCGCCGCUAUGGUUCAGUCUAACGUUGGGCUUCGCUAUGUUCUGGAUGCCUUAUCUCAUUACGUCGUCAGCCAGCUUGGUUUUUGGCUUCUGGAUUCCCGCCUACGUCGCAGUGAACCUACUGUGGUUGGAGUGCACCAACAGCGUCAUAGUGGGGUUGAUGUUCUGGGCAAAGAGUCGCAUGCAAGGGCCUUACGCAAAAGUACCAGAAAAUGUGUUCUCAUUGGAAGUGUACUGGCAUUUAAGCAACGGCAAACAAAGCGGCACGAAGACAUACACACCCUUAACUGUUUAAUACGGUGCGACCCGCUUAUUUAGACGUCAGUCAGCCAGCAUAAAGGGCGCUGAGUAGCAAGAGAAGGGGCAAUAAUGGUAUUUUUUCAACUGACAUUGUUUACCUACAUUUUCAUAUGACACUUUAUACUUUUAUAACAUUGCUGUGGUGGAAAUCUACUGUGGUUUUAUUUGUUUUUUGCUGUUGUGUGGUUUAUUUUUCUGUGAUAUGGAUCUCCCUGGGUCUGAAAUAAAAUGGCUACUACUACUAUUGUAUUGACUACAAUGACAAUAAAGCUUUCAUGCAAACGCAAA